ACGCCCAUUCAUCGCCACCCCUCCCCACAAAACGGACCGAAAGGGUGGAGUCCAAGCUCUUGACAUGCAGUGUUCCGUGCAACACCUUUACGCGCUACCACCAUUUCUACCAUUGGCAUUUUAUUACCCCACCCAGAAGAUGGAUUCUUAGCAAAAUAUGAUAUUUCAUCAACUUUCUCUCCAGGACAAUGCCUUUAGCUUCCCUUUGGAUGGUUUUACAGGGAUGAUAUAAGUUUUAUUCGGAGUGCAAUUCUUCUUUAAAGGCCGCUACUGUGAGGAGGAUUCUGUGAGGGGAUGUAUCCCCCGGAGCACUGGGUCAGAUGGGGGUUAGCUUUACCCAUUUUUCUAGUUAUCCUGUCUGGUGUUAAUGCUCAAGGAGACGGUGCAUCUCCCUGUCUGAGCAACCCGUGCCAAAAUGACGCCGUCUGCUUCCCCUGGAUCGACGGUACAUCUUACGUGUGCAUCUGCCCGCCUGGUUAUACUGGAGCCAACUGCGAAACCGAUAUCGACGAGUGUGCCAGUGACCCUUGCUUGAACGGUGCAUCCUGCUUCGAUUUCCCAAACUUCUACUUCUGCUUGUGCGCUGCAGGCUACAGUGGAUCUCGAUGUGAAAUAGAUGUGAGACCUUGUAGCAGUGACCCAUGUCAGAAUGGAGGCGCCUGCACCGAGGACGCGACUGGUCAAACCUUUGAAUGCAUCUGCCCUCUUGGAUAUGCUGGGACCACCUGUGAAUCAGAUGUGAAUGAGUGCUUCAGCAGCCCUUGUCAGAAUGGAGCACAGUGUGUGGAUGAGAUUGAUGGAUUCAGAUGCGAGUGUACUACAGGAUGGUCUGGUACUCUCUGUGACGCAGACAUCGACGAGUGUGCUAGUGCUCCGUGUUUAAAUGGAGGGACAUGUAUGAAUACCAAUGGUUCCUAUGACUGCCAGUGUGACAGAGGGUGGACGGGCCUUAACUGUGAAACACCUUGGGAUGUUUGUGCAGUUAUUCCUUGUCUCAAUGGAGGUACUUGUGUGGACUUCCAGACCUUUGGCUUCUGCCUCUGCCCUCCUGGCUACAGUGGUGUCAUAUGUCAAAUUGGGCCUACGACUGCAGCACCAACUCCUCCAUCAACCACAACUCAAGCACCAAGUACCACUGCACAACCGCCAAGUACCACCACUAAACCUCCAGAUGCCACCACACAACCAGCAACUACUACUCAACCUCCAGGUACCACAACACAACCAGCAACUACCACUCAACCUCCAGGUACCACAACACAACCAGCAACUACCAUUCAACCUGAAGGUACCACCACACAGCCAGCAGCUACCACUCAACCUCCAGGUACCACAACACAACCAGCAACUACCAUUCAACCUCAAGGUACCACCACACAGCCAGCAGCUACCACUCAACCUCCAGGUACCACAACACAACCAGCAACUACCAUUCAACCUCAAGGUACCACCACACAGCCAGCAGCUACCACUCAACCUCCAUUUACCACAACACAACCAGCAACUACCAUUCAACCUCAAGGUACCACCACACAGCCAGCAGCUACCACUCAACCUCCAGGUACCACAACACAACCAGCAACUACCAUUCAACCUGAAGGUAACACCACACACCCAGCAGCUACCACUCAACAUCCAGGUACCACAACACAACCAGCAACUACCAUUCAACCUGAAGGUACCACCACACAGCCAUCAGCUACCACUCAAUCGCUAGGUACCACCACUCAACAAGCAACAACCAUUCAACCAGAACGUACCACCACCCAAUCAGCAACUACCACUCAAUCAGCAGGUACCACUUCAGAACCAGCAACUACCACUCAACCCCCAAGUACAAGGACACUACCAGUAACUACCACCCAAAUGCCUGAUACUUCCACAACGCUACCAAAUACAGAACCUGCCACGACUUCAGCAAGAGCUACCACAAUAUCAAUGUCCACUACUCAAAAUGUGCCUGCCAGCUCUACAAGUACUCGUCUUAUGUCUACCUCAUCAGCGACUACUAUAGUGACAACAGAAAGUGUUCCGGAGACCUCUCCAGAGGGUAGACCUAGUACUCAAGGGGCCUCUAAGCCCACCUCAAUAUCCACAGGUGAUCCUGCAACAAGUCCAACUGUUGUAGGCACAGAGCCAUCUUCUACUGGUGAAAUAACACCCAAUCCACAAAGCACAGUUGUUACAGAGGCAGGUAGUACAGCAAGUGGAAACACAGCAUCUACUGAUUUGUCAUCAGCAAGAACAACUGAAGAGUCAGGAUCAAGUGCAAUACAAACAGAGAGAACUGAAUCAGAGGUUGGGUCCACAUUGGGACAAACAUCGCACUCUUUUUCAACCAAAGGUGGUGGAACAGGGUCACCAGAUACUGCAGAACAGACCAGUUUUCUGCCAACUUCAGUUACAACUUCCAGCGUCAUGGAAACAACUGAGGCAGGAAAUCUUGGUACAACUUUUCAGAGUCAGACGACUGUUGUCAGUGACGGUCCCCAAGGAGCAACAACCCUUGGUGAUCAAUCGACCAUAUCUCAAACUACAGAGCAACAACAGCUAGUAUCAACUAUAAGGACAAUGUUAUCAACAGCUGCAACUGGAGGAUUAACUACCGACUUCUCAGAAAUCACCACUCAGUUUAUUCCAAUCUUUACUACAUUAGAGGAAGCAGAAAUGUCAUCAUUUGCUGUGACUGGAACAUUUACCACUGUUGCUGAAGUGACUACUUUGGCAGCUGGAGGAACUACUAAAGCUGAUGAAAGUACAACAGAACAAGGGAUGGCAACCACUCGGGGAGAUGACAGCGCUACAGUUUCUGAAGAGGCCACCACUCUUAAUAAUCUUGGUGUUACUAAUGUAACAUCAGGGUUAGAGGUAUCUUCGUCAGGAGGAAUAAGUGGACCUGAAACCACAACAUUACUUUCUAGAGGUAGUACAUCGACAAAAUUGAUGAGAACAUCUGAGGCAGCAGGAGGAUCUACCACUUCUCAAGAGGUUAACACAGUCACUGCAGUUAGAACUGUGACCUCUGAAGAUCAAGCUACCACUUCAGCAUCCGACGUGACCAGUACUGAAGCAAGAGCAACAUCAUCUGGCUCAGAGUAUACCUCAACUGGAGAUAAUAGUCUUACAAGCAUGGAAGCCACAAUCACUUCUCAAAAGGGCAGCACAAGUAGUGCAGUAAGAACAGUUACCUCUGAAGAUGAAGAUACCACUUCAGCAUUAGGUGUGACAGGUACUGAAGCAAGAGCAACUUCAUCUGGCUCCUCUGGUGUAACCACUAUUCAAGAGGCUGAAGUCACCUCAUCACCUAGACAGGCAACUACAGAAUCUAGUGGAACUACUGCAUCUAAAGAAGGAAGUACAUUAUCUGGAGAAGCCACUACAGUUGGAGUGACCCCAGUUGAGAUCACUUCUGAGAAAGCUACUUCACCAUCUGAAGGGACCACUUCUGUUGUAGAAGGCACUACCACAUUCAGAGAAACCAUUGUCACAACUCUGGAAGCUGCAUUAACUUCUAAGAGAGAGAUGGCCACAACUGGAGAAGAUCUUACGAGCUUGGGAGCCACAGACACUUCUCAAGAAGAAAACACAAGUAGUGCAGUAAGAACAGUGACCUCUGAAUAUGAAGAUACCACUUCAACAUUAGGUGUGACAGGUACUGAAGCAAGAGCAACCUCAUCUGGCUCCUCUGGUCUAACCACUUUUGAAGAGGCUGAAGUCACCUCAUCAGCUGGACAGGCAACUACAGGAUCUAAUGAAAGUACAGCAUCAGAAGAAGGAAGUACAGUGACUGGGGAAGCCACUACAGUUGGAGUGACCCCAGUUGAGAUCACUUCUGAGAAAGCUACUUCACCAUCUGAAGGGACCACUUCUGUUGUAGAAGGCACUACCACAUUCAGAGAAACCAUUGUCACAACUCUGGAAGCUGAAUUAACUUCCAAGAGAGAGAUGGCCACAACUGGAGAAAAUCUUACAAGUAUGGAAUUUAAAGUCACUUCUCAAGUGGGCAGCACAAGUAGUACAGUAUUAACAGGUACGGAAUCAAGAGCAACCACAUCUGGGUCUUCUGGUCGAACCACUAUUCAAGAGGCUGAAGUCACCUCAUCAACUGGACAGGCAACCACAAGGUCUAGUGGAACUACGGCAUCUGAAGAGGGAAGUACAGUGACUGGGGAAGCCACUACAGUUGUAGUAACCCCAGUAGAGAUCACUUCUGAGAAAGCUACUUCACCAUCUUCAGGGACCACAUCUGUUGUAGAAAGCACCACAUCUGUUGUAGAAGGCACUACCACAUUAAGAGAAACCAUUGUCACAACUCUGGAAACUAAAUUAACUUCCAAGAGAGAGAUGGCCACAACUGGAGAAGAUCUUACGAGCUUGGGAGCCACAGUCACUUCUCAAAAGGGCAGCACAAGUAGUGCAGUAAGAACAGUGACCUCCGAAUAUGAAGAUACCACUUCAACAUUAGGUGUGACAGGUACUGAAGCAAGAGCAACUUCGUCUGGCUCCUCUGGUUUAACCACUAUUCAAGAGGUCACCUCAUCAGCUGGACAGGCAACUACAGAAUCUAGUGGAAGUACUGCAUCUAAACAAGGAAGUACAGCCAUUGAGCAGGCUACUUCUAGUGCAACUACUGCAUCUGAAGAAAGAAUUACAUUGACUGGGGAAGCCACUACAGUUGGAGUGACCCCAAUGGAGAUCACAUCUGAGGAAGGUACUUCACCAUCUGGAGGGACCACAUCUGUUGUAGAAAGCACCACAUCUGUUGUAGAAGGCACUACCACAUUAGGAGGAACCAUUGUCACAACUCUGGAAGCUGCAUUAACUUCUAAGAGAGAGAUGGCCACAACUGGAGAAGAUCUUACGAGCUUGGGAGCCACAGACACUUCUCAAGAAGAAAACACAAGUAGUGCAGUAAGAACAGUGACCUCUGAAUAUGAAGAUACCACUUCAACAUUAGGUGUGACAGGUACUGAAGCAAGAGCAACCUCAUCUGGCUCCUCUGGUCUAACCACUUUUGAACAGGCUGAAGUAACCUCAUCAGCUGGACAAGCAACUACAGAAUCUAGUGGAACUACUGCAUCUAAAGAAGGAAGUACAGUCAUUGAACAGGCUACUUCUAGUGGAACUACGAUACCUGUAGAGGGAAGUACGAUCAUUGAAGAAGCCUCUACAGUUCGGAUGACCACAGUAGAGAUCACUUCUGAGGAAGCUACUUCAUCAGCUAAAGGGAUCACAUCUGUGGCAGAAGACACUUCUACCUUGGAGGUUACCCAAGUUACAACUCUUGAAGUUGCCUCUCAACCUGUAAGCACUGUAGAGACUUCAAGGCAAACUACAUCGGGAGAUAUAAAAACUACUUUGGGAGAGUUUACACACUUGGAAACAGGAGUUUCUGCUGGUUCAGAGAGUAUUACACCAGUCGACACUACCAGUACCACAGAUGUUUCAGGGACAACCAGAGAAAAUGAGGUGUCAACUAAUGCUGAAGCGACCACACCUGAAGGAGACACAUAUACAUAUACUCCCUCAACAGAAAAUACUGUCUCUUCUGAAGCUGUUACUUCACCAGCAGCACAAGUCACAACAUCAGAAGCAGAAGCCUCAACAUCAGUAGAAGGCACUAUGUCUACCAGAGUAACAGCAAGUUUUGCACCUGAUAAUGCUAGCAUUGUAACAGAUAUGACAUCAAAUGCAGGUAGCAAUGCAACACUUGUCCCUGCAACAGAAAAAGACUCAACUACGUUAUUAGAGGAAGCCACUUCUCAGGAAGAAAUUACUGCUUCAGUUACAUCAAUUACUGUUCUUUCAACAGAAAGUGGAACAACGGAAGGGACAUCACCAGAAAUUCCAUCAAGUCCUACAGAUAUCACUUCUGGCUCUACUGAGACAUUUAGUAUUGCACCGGUAACUUCUCAAUACCAGUCUACGACAGAGGAAGAGGAAAAGGUAACAUCAAGACUGGUAUAUAGCACAACUGGGAUUCCUGAAACACCUCUAGGUACCACAUCAGCCUACCAAUCUUCCACAGAGGUAGAGGAACUUACUGAAGCAGUUAAACCCACAACUUUUGAGGAAGAAAUGACAUCACAUUACCAGUCUACAACAAAGGGAGUUACUGAGACAGUAAGAACUACACCUUUUGAAGAAGAAAUUACAGAGCCUGAAAAAAUGACAACAGACUUUACUGAGACACCUGGUGCUGGUAAAGCAACUUCACAGUACAAUUCUACAACAGAGGAAGAUACUGAUGCAAUAAGAACUACAUAUUUUGAUGAAGAGUUAACAUCGCAGUACCAGUUAACCACAAGGGAAGAGGAAGUUACUGAAUUAAUAAGGACUACACCUUUUUUUGAGGAAGAGGCAACACCAAGUUCUGCAGACAUCACAUCAAAUUUUACUGGAACACCUGGACCUGGAACUUCACAAUUCCAGUCUACAACAGGGGAAGUUACUGAAGCUGUAAAAACUACACCUUUUGAGGAAGAAGUAACAUCACAAUACCAGUCUACAACAGAAAAGACUACUGAAACAUCACAAACCACAGCAUUUGCUGAAGAUGUAACAACCGAGUUAAGUGAGACACCUGGUGGAACUUCACAGUAUCAGUCUACAACAGAGAAAGCUACUGAAUCUACUCCCACCCGGGAAGAAGAAGUAACAGAAGCAGUAAGAACUACAUAUUUUUUAGAAGAAGAAGCGACAUCACAAGACCUGUCUUCAACAGAGAAAGUUAGAACCACAACUUUUGGUGAAGAAGUAACAACAUCUUCUGACAAAGUAACAACUGAGUUAUAUAAGGCAACUGAUGUUGGAACUGGAACCUCUGAAGACCAGUCUACGAUAGAACAGUCAACAAUAGAACAAGUAACUGAAGUAGUAGAAACCACUAGCUUUGUUGAGGAAGUAACAACAAAGCCAGAAGAAAUGACAACCGAAUUUACAGAAACAACAGGUGCUGUAACAGAGGAAUUUACUAAAUCAGUUACAACCACACUUUUUGAGGAAGAGGUAACAUCACAUUACCAGUCUACAACAGAGGAAGUUACUGAAGCUGUAAGAACCACAAGAUUUGGUGAUGAAGUAACAACGAAGUCUGAAGAGAUGGCUACAGAAUUUAUUGAGACACCCAAUAUUGGAACUGGAACUUCACAAUACCAGUCCACAACAGAAGAAGUUACUGAAGCAAGUACACCAUUUGAGGUCACUCCUCAAUCCAAAUCUACCACAGAGGAAGCUACAGAACCAAUAAGUGCCACAGGUUUUGUCGAAGAAGUGACAACAGAGUCAGAACAAAUGACAGCUCAAUUAACAGUGACAACUGGUGUUGCUGUCACAGAGGAAGGGGUAACAUCGGAAUUUGAAUCUACCACAGAGGAAACUACAGAACCUGUGAGCACUACAACUUUAGUUGAAGUAACAACAAAAUCCGAAAAAAUUACUGCUGAAUUUACAACCACCACCGAUGUUGGAACUGGGACAUCACAAGACCGGUUUACUACUACUACUGAAGAAGUUACUGGUUCGGUCCUAACCACAUCUUUUGUGGGAGAGGAAACUUCGCAAUCGAACUCCAGCACAGGACAAGCUACAGUGCCAGUAACAACCACAAGUCUUGUUGAAGUAACAACAGAGUCUGAUGAUAUGACAACUGAUUUUACAGAGACACCUGGUGUCGAAACUGAAGAAGCUACAGAACAUGUAAGAACAACAAGCUUGGUUGAAGUAACAACAGAGUCUGAUAAAAUAUCAACUGAAUUUACAGAGACAACAAGUGUUGACACAGAAGAAGCUACAGAAGCAGUAAAAACGACAGGUCUUGUUGAAGUAACAUUUUCUGAGGAAACGACAACUGAAUUUACAGAGACACCUGGUGUUGACACAGAAGAACCUACAGAACCAGUAAAAACCACAGGUCUUGUUGAAGUAACAACAUUUUCUGAGGAAAUGACAACUGAAUUUACAGAGACACCUGGUGUUGACACAGAAGAAGCUACUGAACCAGUAAGAACAACAAGCCUUGUUGAAGUAACAACAGAGUCUGGGAAAACGACAACUGAAUUAACAGAACCAACAAGUGUUGAAACAGAAGAAUCUACAGAACCAUUAAGAACCACAAGCCUUGUUGAUGUAACAACAGAGUCUGAGAAAACGACAACUGAAUUUCCAGAGACAACAAGUGUUGACACAGAAGAAGCUACUGAACCAGUAAGAACAACAAGCCUUGUUGAUGUAACAACAGAUUCUGAGAAAAUGACAACUGAAUUUCCAGGGAAAACAAGUGUUGACACAGAAGAAGCUACUGAACCAGUAAGAACAACAAGCCUUGUUGAUGUAACAGAUUCUGAGGAAAUGACAACUGAAUUUCCAGAGACAACAAGUGUUGACACAGAAGAAGCUACAGAACCAGAAAGAACAACAAGCCUUGUUGAUGUAACAACAGAGUCUGAGAAAACGACAACUGAAUUUACAGAGACACCUGGUGUUGAAACUGAAGAAGCUACAGAACCAGUGAGAACAACAAGCCUUGUUGAUGUAACCACAGAUUCUGAGGAAAUGACAACUGAAUUUACAGAGACAACAAGUGUUGACACAGAAGAAGGUACAGAACCAGAAAGAACAACAAGCCUUGUUGAAGUAACGACAGAGUCUGAGAAAACGACAACUGAAUUUACAGAGACAACGGGUGUUAACACAGAAGAAGCUACAGAACCAGUAAGGACCACAGAUCUUGUUGAAGUAACAACAGAUUCUGAGGAAUUGACAACUGAAUCUACAAAAUCAACAAGUGUUGACACAGAAGAAGCUACAGAACCAGUGAGAACAACAAUCCUUGUUGAUGUAACAACAGAGUCUGAUGAUAUGACGACUGAAUUUACAGAGGCAACAAGUGUUGACACAGAAGAAGCUACAGAACCAGUGAGAACAACAAGCCUUGUUGAUGUAACAACAGAUUCUGAGGAAAUGACAACUGAAUUUCCGGAGACAACAAGUGUUGAAACUGAAGAAGCUACAGAACCAGUAAGAACCACAGGUCUUGUUGAAGUAACAACAGGUUCUGAGGAAAUGGCAACUGAAUUUACAGAAACACCUGGUGUUGAAACUGAAGAAGCUACAGAACCAGUAAGAACAACAAGCCUUGUUGAUGUAACAACAGAUUCUGAGGAAAUGACAACUGAAUUUCCAGAGACAACAAGUGUUGAAACUGAAGAAGCUACAGAACCAGUGAGAACAACAAGCCUUGUUGAUGUAACCACAGAUUCUGAGGAAAUGACAACUGAAUUUACGGAGACAACGGGUGUUAACACAGAAGAAGCUACAGAACCAGUAAGGACCACAGAUCUUGUUGAAGUAACAACAGAUUCUGAGGAAUUGACAACUGAAUUUACAAAAUCAACAAGUGUUGACACAGAAGAAGCUACAGAACCAGUGAGAACAUCAAUCCUUGUUGAUGUAACAACAGAGUUUGAUGAUAUGACGACUGAAUUUACAGAGACAACAAGUGUUAACACAGAAGAAGCUACAGAACCAGUGAGAACAACUAGCCUUGUUGAUGUAACAACAGAUUCUGAGAAAAUGACAACUGAAUUUCCAGAGACAACAAGUGUUGACACAGAAGAAGCUACUGAACCAGUAAGAACAACAAGCCUUGUUGAUGUAACAACAGAUUCUGAGGAAAUGACAACUGAAUUUCCAGAGACAACAAGUGUUGACACAGAAGAAGCUACAGAACCAGUGAGAACAACGAGCCUUGUUGAUGUAACAACAGAUUCUGAGAAAAUGACAACUGAAUUUACAGAGACACCUGGUGUUGAAACUGAAGAAGCUACAGAACCAGUAAGAACAACAAGCCUUGUUAAAGUAACGACAGAGUCUGAGAAAACGACAACUGAAUUUCCAGAGACAACAAGUGUUGACACAGAAGAAGCUACUGAACCAGUAAGAACAACAAGCCUUGUUGAUGUAACAACAGAGUCUGAGAAAACGACAACUGAAUUUACAGAGACAACAAGUGUUGACACAGAAGAAGCUACAGAACCAGAAAGAACAACAAGCCUUGUUGAAGUAAAGACAGAGUCUGAGAAAACGACAACUGAAUUUACAGAGACAACGGGUGUUAACACAGAAGAAGCUACAGAACCAUUUAGGACCACAGAUCUUGUUGAAGUAACAACAGAUUCUGAGGAAUCGACAACUGAAUUGACAGAGACAACAAGUGUUGACACAGAAGAAGCUACAGAACCAGAAAGAACAACAAGCCUUGUUGAUGUAACCACAGAUUCUGAGGAAAUGACAACUGAAUUUACAGAGACAACAAGUGUUGACACAGAAGAAGCUACAGAACCAGUGAGAACAACAAUCCUUGUUGAUGUAACAACAGAGUCUGAUGAUAUGACGACUGAAUUUACAGAGACAACAAGUGUUGACACAGAAGAAGCUACAGAACCAGUGAGAACAACGAGCCUUGUUGAUGUAACAACAGAUUCUGAGAAAAUGACAACUGAAUUUACUGAGACACCUGGUGUUGAAACUGAAGAAGCUACAGAACCAGUAAGAACCACAGGUCUUGUUGAAGUAACAACAGGUUCUGAGGAAAUGGCAACUGAAUUUACAGAAACACCUGGUGUUGAAACUGAAGAAGCUACAGAACCAGUGAGAACAACAAGCCUUGUUGAUGUAACCACAGAUUCUGAGGAAAUGACAACUGAAUUUACAGAGACAACAAGUGUUGACACAGAAGAAGCUACAGAACCAGAAAGAACAACAAGCCUUGUUAAAGUAACGACAGAGUCUGAGAAAACGACAACUGAAUUUACAGAGACAACGGGUGUUAACACAGAAGAAGCUACAGAACCAGUAAGGACCACAGGUCUUGUUGAAGUAACAACAGAUUCUGAGGAAUUAACAACUGAAUUGACAGAGACAACAAGUGUUGACACAGAAGAAGCUACAGAACCAGAAAGAACAACAAGCCUUGUUGAAGUAACGACAGAGUCUGAGAAAACGACAACUGAAUUUACAGAGACAACGGGUGUUAACACAGAAGAAGCUACAGAACCAGUAAGGACCACAGGACUUGUUGAAGUAACAACAGAUUCUGAGGAAUUGACAACUGAAUUUACAAAAUUAACAAGUGUUGACACAGAAGAAGCUACAGAACCAGUGAGAACAACAAUCCUUGUUGAUGUAACAACAGAGUCUGAUGAUAUGACGACUGAAUUUACAGAGGCAACAAGUGUUGACACAGAAGAAGCUACAGAACCAGUGAGAACAACGAGCCUUGUUGAUGUAACAACAGAUUCUGAGAAAAUGACAACUGAAUUUACAGAGACACCUGGUGUUGAAUCUGAAGAAGCUACAGAACCAGUAAGAACCACAGGUCUUGUUGAAGUAACAACAGAGUCUGAGAAAAUGACAACUGAAUUUACAGAGACACCUGAUGUUGAAACUGAAGAUGCUACAGAACCAGUAAGAACCACAGGUCUUGUUGAAGUAACAACAGAGUCUGAGAAAACGACAACUGAAUUAACAGAGACACCUGGUGUUGAAACUGAAGAAGCUACAGAACCAGUAAGAACAACAAGCCUUGUUAAAGUAACAACAGAGUCUGAUGAUAUGACGACUGAAUUUACAGAGACAACGGGUGUUAACACAGAAGAAGCUACAGAACCAGUGAGAACAACAAGCCUUGUUGAUGUAACAACAGAGUCUGAUGAUAUGACGACUGAAUUUACAGAGACAACGGGUGUUAACACAGAAGAAGCUACAGAAUCAGUGAUAACAACAAGCCUUGUUGAAGUAACAACAGAGUCUGAUAAAAUGUCUACUGAAUUUACAGAAUCAACAAGUGUUGAGGCAGCUACAGAGUUGGUAACAAAAUCACCAUUCCAGUCUACAACAGAGCAGUCUACUGAAGAAGUAAGGAGUACACCGCUUGAGAAAGAAGUAACUUCGCAAUAUUCAACUAGUGAAGUGGAAGUUACUGGAGCAGCAAAGAGUACUACUGUUUUUGAGGAAGUAACAACAAAUCCAGUAGGAAUUAUGACAAGUACCACUCAGGGUGACAAAAUUACUACUGAGGAAAUUGUAACAACAGUAGAUGUAAAUCCAUCAUCGCGAGGACCAUCAGGCUCAACAGAAGCUCCUGUAGCAUCUACAGGUAGUCUUGCCUCUACGAUGGAAGCUGAAAAGACAACUCAAGGUGAAAGUACCUCUACCAAGGGAACAGUUACAACAGUAAAAAUAAAUCCUUCAUCUGAGGGACCAGGAGCAUCUACAGAUGUAGUAGUUGUUACCACAAGAAUAGUUGCUUCUACUGAAGAGGAUGUAACCACCACUCAAGGUGAAGGUGCUACUACAGAGGAAACAGUUACAACAGUACAAGUAAGCCUUUCAUCUGAGGUACCACUAGGAUCUACCAAUGUUCCUUUAGCUACCACAAGAGGUGCUGUCUCUACAGCAGAAUCUACAAGCACCACUGACUUUGAAAGUGCUACCACCAAGGAAACGGGCACAACUAGACAAACAAACCCUUCAACUGACAGACCAGAAGGAUCUACAGAAUCUCCUGUAACUUCUACAGGUGGUGUUGCUUCUACAGUUGUAGCUAAAGGAACCACUCAAAGUGAAGGUACUACGACCAAAGGAACAGCUACAACUAGACAAACAAACCCUCCCACUGAGGAACCAGCAGGUUCUACAGAAGCUCCUUCAUCUGAGGGACCAGUGGGAUCUACAAAAGUUACUGCAGCUUCUACAGACAACGUUGCUUCUACACAGGAACCUGUAGGAACCACCCAAGGUGAAAGUGUUACAACCAAAGAAAUGGCUACAGCCAGACAAACGACCUCUGCCACCGAGAGACCAGUAGGUUCUACAGAAGCUACUGUAGCUACCACAAUAGUUGUUGCUACUACACAGGAACCUGAAGGAACCACCAAAGGUGAAAGUGGUACUACCAAUGAAAUGGCUACAGCCAGACAAACUAACCCCGGCACUGAGGGACCAUUCGGAUCUACAAUAGUUACUGCAGCUUCUACAGAACAUGUUGCUACUACACAGAAACCUGUAGGAACCACCCAAGGUGAAAGUGUUACAACCAAAGAAAUGGCUACAGCCAGACAAACGACCUCUGCCACCGAGAGACCAGUAGGUUCUACAGAAGCUACUGUAGCUACCACAAUAGUUGUUGCUACUACACAGGAACCUGAAGGAACCACCCAAGGUGAAAAUGUUACCACCAAAGACAUGGCUACAGCCAAACAAACGACCUCUGUCACUGAGAGACCAGUAGGUUCUACAGAAGCUACUGUAGCUACCACAAUAGUUGUUGCUACUACACAGGAACCUGAAGGAACCACCGAAGGUGAAAGUGGAACCACCAAUGAAAUGGCUACAGCCAGACAAACAACCCCUAUCAUUGAGAGACCAGUAGGUUCUACAGAAGCUACUGUAGCUACCACAAUAGUUGUUGCUACUACACAGGAACCUGAAGGAACCACCCAAGGUGAAAGUGAAACCACCAAUGAAAUGACUACAGCCAGACAAACAACCCCUAUCACUGAGAGACCAGAAGGUUCUACAGAAGCUACUGUAGCUACCACAAUAGUUGUUACCACUACACAGGAACCUAAAGGAACCACCCAAGAUGAAAGUGGUACCACCAAAGAAAUGGCUACAGCCAAACAAACGACCUCUGUCACUGAGAGACCAAUAGGUUCUACAGAAGCUACUGUAGCUACCACAAUAGUUGUUACCACUACACAGGAACCUAAAGGAACCACCCAAGAUGAAAGUGGUACCACCAAAGAAAUGGCUACAGCCAAACAAACGACCUCUGUCACUGAGAGACCAAUAGGUUCUACAGAAGCUACUGUAGCUACCACAAUAGUUGUUGAUACUACGCAGGAACUUAAAGGAACCACCCAAGUUGAAAGUGGUACCACCAAAAAAAUGACUACAACCAGUCAAACAAAACCUGCAACUGACAGUCCAGUAGGUUCUACAGAAGCUACUGUAGCUACCACAAUAGUUGUUGCUACUACACAGGAACCUAAAGGAACCACCCAAGGUGAAAGUGGUACUACCAGAGAAAUGACUACAGCCAGACAAACGACCUCUGUCACUGAGAGACCAAUAGGUUCUACAGAAGCUACUGUAGCUACCACAAUAGUUGUUACCACUACACAGGAACCUAAAGGAACCACCCAAGAUGAAAGUGGUACCACCAAAGAAAUGGUUACAACCAGACAAACAAAACCUGCAACUGACAGUCCAGCAGGAUCCACAAAAGCUUCCUCAGGAACCACUAGAGAUCACCAAGCAACAACCAGUCCACAAUCCAGAACUACCAGUGAAUCAGAUGGAACAACAACAUCUUCUCCCUCCUUCACCACUUCACAGACGAUGAAUAUGACAAACAUAACAAGUCCAGUACCUGUGCCAUAUACCGAGGUGGUAAGAGCUACGGCUACAAUUCUGGAAUUGAAUGGGGAUGAAGCCUUUCUUUCGGUGCCACUUCAAGACCCUACAAACCCAGUCUUCCUCAACUUCCAAGCGGCCCUCUGCAAUGCACUGUUUGAAUACUUCCAAGACUUGUCCUUCGAUACAAACGGCAUCCAGUGCAGUGUUACGAACCUAGUGAAUGGCAGCAUUAUCGCAUCCGUAGAGUUUAACGUGACAGACGUCAAUCAGGAGGGGGCGCUAGUCACUGCAGAAAACAUCUUCAAUGCCCAGUUCAUGUCCGAAGCGUUUCUGAUCGACUCGAGGAGCAGGAAUGUCUUUACAUUUGCACGCUUCUUGGUGGACGGUGUAGAUGUAUGUGGGCUAGAGACACCUUGUCUCAAUGGAGGGACUUGUCAUGGACUUGGCUACAAUUCAUUCAUGUGUCUGUGUCCUGAUGGAUGGUCGGGUGAUACGUGUGAAAAUGAGUUCCUCAUCGUCUUGGAAGUCAUUGACACGAGGGACACCAUGGUCGACCUGGCCUGGAACUUUCUCGAUGCAGACAACUUAGUUGCCUUCGUCCUUGAGUACAGGAGAUCCGAGGAAGACUUGUGGACGUUGUCCACCCUCAUCAGCAAAUCCGAGAGAGAGUACACCAUCUCCGGCCUGGAUCCAAGCACGCUGUACUUUGUCCGACUUCUUGGAUUUUUCACCGAGGAAACCAAGGUGAUCUCUUUCCAGAAGGCCUUUAUAACAACUGAAGCGGACAAUGUUCCAGACACUGGUCAAUCCAUCACACCCCAGGGGUAUUCCAGUUCCGUUCUCAUCUGGAUUCUUGUGGUUGUCGCCCUCAUUGCUUUUGUUCUCUUCAUCUUCGUGGUCGUGAUGGUCUAUCGACGUCGUCAUGACUCUGUGACCUUACCCUUCAGGGACUUCAAGGGGCGCUUUGCAGUCGGAGUUAGGGAUAAUGUGGCCUAUGACUUUGAGAUCCAGGGUGGACCACCUUCCCCUCCGUCAGUCUCUGCCAUGGCUCUAGGAUCUGAUAGGAGUGGAAGACCAAGCACCGCUUUCUGGGAGAUCCCCAGAGAUAGACUGGUUGUCGGCAAUAGGAAACAGUAUGGACGAUUUGGAGAGAUUUACUUUGGAAAGGUUCUAAUCGGAAAUCAAAGCCUGGCUAGUGAUGUGAAGAAACAAAGAGGUAAUACUCCUCUGGAUAAGAAGAAGAUGCUAGCAGAGCUGUCUGUUCUCAGUCAUGUUGGUCGCCACGCCAACGUUCUCAAUCUUGUCGGAGCUUGUACCAAAACGGCCGGUCCAGUCUAUCUUGCAUUUGAGAGUAUGGAACCGGUCAGACUGGACUUUUUCCUGAGGACCGUCCAAGAUGUCCACAAGCCGGUCACCAUGCAUGUUCCGGACUUCAACAUCACCACGCCCCUCAUGCCCCUGCUCCUCAAGUUUGCAGCGGACAUCGCAGCGGGUCUCUCUCACCUUGCUUCAAAGAGGAUCGUGCAGCACAAUCUAGGGGUGAGGAAUAUUGCACUGACUGCCGAUCUCGUUGCCAAGGUAACCGAUUUCGCCAUCAAAGAUGAGACUCAGAACACGGGACGAGCUGUGAACGGAGAUUCGCAAUCAUCAUUCCCAUCUAGUGCAAGAUGGAUGGCCUACGAGACACUGGUAUUCAGCACAUGUACAGAGAAGAGUAAUGUAUGGUCUCUUGGUGUUAUAAUCUGGGAAAUCAUGUCAUUUGGUUCCGAGCCCUUCAAUGGCUACCCUGUCGAUGAGCUGAGCAGAAAACUGACAGAAGGCUACACGUUGAACCAACCAGAUGGAUGCUUAGACGACAUAUAUGAAAUCAUCCAGAACUGUCUGAGACUAGAACCCGACGAGAGACCGAAUCUGAGGAGUCUGGUUGCUAGACUAGUAAGGAGAUACCAGAGCAUCAAGUUACAGGACAAAGAGACGAGAGCUGAGGUGUUCCAAUCCCUUGCCCAGUUGAGUGAUAACCAUGACAACAUGAGCCCACCUCAGAUCAGGAGUAUGGAGAUGCUUGUCAAUGGGAAUAUAGAUAAGGAGUUAGCCCAGGCCAGGCUAAUGGCUGUCCAGUAUGCUGCCACGGCAUUCCCUGGCAGUCAUGUUGCUUCCAAGUACACCUUACUCUCAGCUUGUGGAGACGAGAUUGAAGUUGUGAGGACAGAAGCCAACAACAUUAUCAAGAUGCAGGCUAAGAUUGCAGAGAUGGAUAUGGACUCGGACACACCCUCAGGGAAGAUGCUCCCAGCCUUCCCUCUCAUGAUUAACCAAAUCAGAACAAAGGCCUUUGAUAACUUGCCACACUCUAGUCAGAAGUCACAGGGACCUCUUGGAGUCUUCACGAUACCAUUCAAAGCCCCCGUCUAUGAAAAGAUUGGCGUCUACUUGCGGAUGUGCUUGGCCUACUCUGCAGAAGUAUCGCCCAACGUCUUCAAGACGAACGAGAUGAAGAAACAAGGUCCCGCCCUCAGUCGCUACGUCAACGACCUCGUGGAGAUGUACGCAGGAGAUUCGGGCGCCCCCGUUUCCACCUACACCGGUCUCCUGAGGCAGUACGUGUCGGCCAUCGGAGGUGGGAGGGGCUUGUUCUCUCUCCUGGAGGUCGUUGCUAUGGCGCCGGAUAAACUGGCGCCACAGUUUGUGAAGAAGACAGAUAGUCUGAAGAUGUUGCUGUAUUCUGAUGAGGAAGCAGUGCGCCUCUACGCAGCUCAGCUUUUGGGCGUGGUUCUCUGUUACGCCCCUCCUACACUGGUGGUCGAUACCAUCAUGUCCUUCACCUCAAGACUGGACUCAGAUUCAAUCGAGAGCUGCCAAGCAAUGCUCUGGGUUCUGGGCUUCACCAUCGGAAGGCAGAUGCAGAAGGAGAUACAAGCCAACAAGGACACAUUCUCCAGACUGACUGACACCCACAAUCUGGGAGAAAAUAUCUACAGGAGAGCCACCGAAGCAAUAGUUGCUAAACUAGAGAGCAGCAAUCCCACCAUAGUCAAGGCAGCCUGUACAGCGAUAGCGGAGAUUGGGCGCAACGGCCCCAUCCCCCUGCCCAAGGGAGGUAAGACCAAUGGACGAUCAACCACCAAGGGCAGCUCGGAAGGCUCGGUCAGGAGCAAGAACGGUGCUACCGGUCCCACCAAGCUGAGUCUCGUGCAGAGACUGACAGAGAUAUUCACCAGAGACUCUGUGCUUUACGUGCUUGAGGUGAAGAAGGAAGCAGCCGAAGCCCUUGCCCAUCUGAUGGUAGGAGAGGCCGAGUUCCCUUACAGCAAGCUUGUCUUAGAAGCACUACCCAAGGGUCUUAAGAUCUCAGCACCCAGCAGAGAAGAACUCUUCCCCUUCCAGUUCCAUCUUGCCGAUGUCCUAUCCACUGCCCUCCAGGGGCCGUCAGCCCCCGCUGCUCUGGACCCCUGGCUGGACGAGAGCACCACACCCCUCGGUAGGGCCACGCCCACCAACGGGUCCCUCAAGGCACUCCUAGACACCCUCCUCACGGAUCGGCGGGAGACAAACAACUCAGAUGAAAAAGAGGCAAUAGCUGUUAUGUUAACAGUCCUAUUUGAGACAUUCAGGCACAAUCAAAGUAUUCAGGAUAAUGAAGCUGAAAUGAUGAGCAUCAUAAAAGACUCUGUCAUGGAGUGGGAUGGCAGUGGUGUCGUCUCCGAGCUUCCUCGCGAUCUUCAGCAGCGUAUUCUUAAAGUCCUGAAGCUGACGAGGGUGUCUAACGAUACGUCGUCUCCGUUCGCAACCGGGAUGGACUCCAGCGAUGCUUCCUCAUCGCCUGUAUCUGGGAUGGACUCUGAUGAACCGCUGUAUGCGGCCGUGCACAGGCGGGUUACGCCCGACGUCCACAGCAGCUCCGCAGACGGUUCUGAAGACACGGUGAACGAUGACACCCCGAUGCUCAAUGAUGCCACCAAUGAAGACGAUGAGCUGACCUCAUUUUAAAGAGACAAGGAUGUGUGUAUCGAAAUCUUGCAUUGUGAAACAUGACAUUGAUGAGGUGAGAGAUACAGAUGGGUCCGUUGAAGUCUUGCAAUGUGAAACAUGACAGUGGGUCCUGCAAUGGUUGUCUACAUAGAUCUGACAGAACUAAAUGGAGAGUUGAUCAUGUGGAGGACGUAUGGUGCUAUAGGGAGUCAUUUGAUUACCAUGGCUUAUGAAAUCAGUGAUGCCAAUUUGUAGGCUUUAGACAUUUUCAGGCCCCCAUCACCCUUCCAGUUCAGGCUUUUUCAAACUCCCACAAAGGAUCAAAUGGUGAUCCAACAAGUCUAGACCACUUUCCAGGCCCCUUGGAUGAAACCAACUUGUCUCCUUGAUAUAUACUUGUUAAACCCUUACUGUAUGGGCUUGACCAAAGGCUAAGUUACGUUGUUGAAAGAGGUGGCACUUGGCAGCAGGUAAUACGUUUGAAUUUAAAUCAACUUAGCACCAAUAUGAGAAUGGGGUUUGUAAGGCCCAUCAUGUUUCUCAUCACGGAGUUACUACGCUAUGGAAAAGGUUAAGAAUCAUUUGGAUAUCCAUCUUAGCCUUAAAUCAGCUCAUCUCUGAUGAAUGCCAUCUUCCUGUUUCUAAGUGAAGAGAGGUUCAUCAACCAACAUCUUCAGGCCAUGGAGUGCUUGUGGAGCACUUGUAAGAUUACGUCUUUUAUCAAAAGGUCUGUUUUCAUCAGACCGAAGUUGCAAAAUAACCCACUAUAUUCAGACUCGGGAUAUUUUCCCGAAGCUUGAAAUUGCAUCCCCACCAGACCGAUACGCUCAUCACAAACUAGAUGAAGAUGGGCGCAAAUUAGCCCGCUAUUUGGGAAAUAGCGAGCUAUUUUGUAUAAAACAAGACCAAAUUUCUCAGGAUAUUUUCUCGACCAAAUAACUGGCUGAUGGCAACUGCGGGCUGAUGAAGCCGCAAAUUAGCUGGCUAAUUUGAGAUCGGGCUAGUUAAAAUAGGGGGUAGUGUUUAACCCAAACAUGAGGAAAUAAAGGUAUUGUCAUUAGCACGAUAUCCGCCUAACAUUAUAUUCAUAGAAGAAUUUUAAAAGUUUUCUAACCCAAUUGUUGUCUAGUAAAUUGACUUCAUGCAAGGUAAAGAGAACUGCAUAAAUAUCCGUUAUUGAGGGGUGCAUACGAUCAUUGCCAAUUUGAAGCAUUUUGGGUAUGGCAAUGAUGAAUUUUUAUUGUGAAAAUGAAGGAUUUCACUGUGAUGCUUUUUACUGUAUAUCUGAUGCUGCAUUUGUAUGACAGGUGGCCACGUUGCCUUGUCUAUUAUGAGAGUUUCUCACACACGUUUUAUUGAUUUUCAUGGAAGAUGGUAUUGUGAUAAAACUGCGAUACACUGUACUUGCUCACUUUGUCAAACAGGGAAAAGGAGUUGUUAGAUUAAAUAGAUUUUAGGAUUGAAGGUCAAAAAUUUGCUAGUGUUUACAAAUUGGACAAUGAGGGGUGGCAAGAUACACAACAAUUUACAGCAUGAUAUAUUGUUAAAUCCUGGGCAUGAUGAGUCUUAUAUUUAUAUAAAAUGAAGACAAGACUGUGAUAAACAUGCACCUAUUUGCAGGGGGAUGCUAUAUAGAUUUAAAUAUGAUGUACAAACUUGUAAAGAAAUGAACAGUACUCUAUUAUUCUUACUUUGUAAGAUUGUACUUGUAAAUACUCCAAAGAAACAGAUUAUCUGUAAAUACUACAAGAAGUGUCAUAUAAUUUUCUUGUUUAUUAUAUUAACUCAUUUAUAUUAUCUUGCAUUUAUUUUACUUUGAGCUACUCGUCAUGUGUCACUGUCAACAAGAAUUUUAGGAUGCAAAGUCCAAUCAUAAAAAAAAAUGAUGAUAAAUGUAGUUACAUCAACUGCAGCAAUCUGCUUUAUUAAAAUUGAAAAUAGUGCGAUGGUAUAGUGAAGUUAAUAAACAGACAGGAUAUAGAUAAUCUGUAUGCCUUGAAUCCACAAUCACAUUUUUUAAAACCAAGACCAAAACAUGGAAAUGGAUCUAAACAACCUGUUUAUAUAUGAUCCAUAAAUAAUACAGAUGGGGCACUUAUCGUAAUAUACACUGUAUGUGUAUGUUCCAUACCGUUUGGAUGAAAUUGCAUUGUCAUGAAGUCAAUUAAUUAUACAAAAUACUUUUAAGAAUUUUUAUUUACACAAGUUAUUCAAAAAUGAGAAGCUGCAUGCAUUAAUCUUUUUAGAAUGUGCAUCCUUAGUACAUACCUGUAUAUCUUGUUCUGAAAUAACUACUGUACAGCAUAUUUUUGUUUUUUUGCAAUAUUAUGCCAAAAAUGUGUACCUUUUUAGUAAAAAAACAAAAAGUAGACCAAAAUCAAGUUCUUCCAUAUUUCAUUUUUUCAAGGCUGAAUAUUAUGUCUUUCACAUUUAAUUCACUGUACUUUUACCCCUUCUCUUCUUCUCUUUUCAUUCAUGUAUGUCUAUAUUUAGAUAAUAUAUUCACAUCCAAUAUUUUAAAGAUUUUCUUCUUUGACUUGAGCAUCAAAGUUCACAAAUUACUUUGAACACAUAUGAAUAUAUUGUCUGUUUGAAGCCACAACUCUGUGUUGAAGUUUAUGAUGUAACACCCUUAUUGCUCCAUAUAAAUUAUACACCUGGAUGAUGUAAUAUGAGUGAGGAAGUUGUCUUAAAAUGUAACAGGAGUUGUUGUUGCAUUGCCUGACCUAUAUGUUCAUACAAGAAUAUACAAUACACUUGUCAUAGUAUUAAGGGAAUCAUACAGUUCAUUUAUAGAAUAUUCACCAAAUACAUUUCAUUAUAAUGUAGCCUAAAAAUAUUCAUUUGCAGUAACUAAACGAGGCUGAAUUUGCAAGGGAAUGGAUUAAUCUAUGCAUUUAUGGAAACAUACUGCUUAUCCAAAGGCUGUCUUUUGAAUUAAUCUUGAAGAAUAUACUGUAUAUCUGUGUCUUUCAUAACUGUCUUUCAAUCGUCUCAUUGAGAUUUUAAAAGUGAUGAAUUGUUCAAGUUUUUUUAAUUUUAAUUUUGUUAGUAUUCAUUUGGAAGAAUUUUAUAUAUGGUCUAGAGUGCAUCAUGUCUUUAAGUUGCGUGUCACACAGAUGAUUACAUUUGAUAAACAGUAUUUCUUCUAAAAUCGAAUAUUCUGUAAAUUCUUGGUUGUCUAUUUUAUUUUGUUCACUUUAUUGUUCCUUGUAUCCAUGUUCAAAUAUUUCAAUAUUUAUCUUUUACUUGUCAUAUCAUGCAUGUGUUCCUUGUCUUAAAUGAUGUUUUAAACUUAAAUUAAAGAGUGUGUUAAUUAAAAGAAUCACUCUAUAUCAUAUUACACAGAUUAUAUGAAUGUUACAUCUACAAGCAUUAUUUUCACAAAGCAUCUUUGUUCCAUUCUUUUAAUCAGCAUUUACAGGAAAUAUUUUAUCAGAAGCAAAGAUUUUUAUCAAUUGUCUGUGUGAAUCAAACAGAAAUCAAUGAAAAGUGUUUUGUUGUAUAUUGUGUUUUGCUAAAUAAGUAUGUGGAAUCGAGAAUCGAAAAAAGAGAAGUUGUCAUUUAUGUGUGUAAACUAUGUUGUCUUAACAUGUAUGUAUCUUUUUAUCCAGAUUAAUGUUCUUUCAUGUAAUAAAUGCAAUUUACCUUACA